AGUCAACCGACCGUUUAUUUUUUUUUUUUGGUUUCGGCGACGGCUAACGAGUACGUGAAGUGUGCAAAUUUGAAAUUGAAAACUAACCUGCGAUCUUUACUUUUUGUGAUUGUUCUGGAGAAACCAUGAGGCAUCAGGGCAUCGGCUGCGUGGUCAAGUGGUUCUAUCUGGUGCUGAUCGUGCACACGCUCCUCUGCAUCGGCCAGCUCGAGUGUCGCCAGAACCACAAUCGGAAUAACAAUAACAACAACAACAACAACAACAGAAGAUCGGACUCGUCCAGUUCGGAGGAGAGCCAGGGCAACGCCAGCGACGGCCUGGACAACUACGCGGACCAGGACACGGUGGGCCAUGGCCACCAGCCACGCCGGGGUCAGCGGAAGAAACACCAAGGCGGCGGCGGCGGCGGAGGAGGAGGCGGCGGCAGCGGGGGCGGAAGCGGAGGAGGCGGCGGCAACCGGCAUAACCGCAACGAUGAGAGCGGUAUCUCGCUAUGGAUCAACGAGCAGCAGCUCAAGAUGCUGACUGCGCUCUACUUCCCGCAGGGCUACUCGGAGCGCCUGUACGCCAUCCAUAACAGCCGGGUGACCAACGACCUGCGCGACACCACGCUGUACAACUUUUUGGUGAUCCCCUCCGAGGUGAACUACGUGAACUUUACGUGGAAGUCGGGACGCCGCAAGUACUUCUACGACUUCGAUCGCCUGCAGACGAUGGACGAGAGCAUCCUGAAGGCGCCGACGCUGUCCAUCCGCAAGAGCGGUCGCAUUCCGCAGGAGCAGAAGAAUUUCAGCAUCUUCCUGCCCUGCACCGGCAACAGCUCCGGCACCGCGUCCUUCAACGUCGGCCUCAAGAUCCAGACGCGCCACAACAAGCCGCUCUCGGGCACACCCAUUCGCCUCAACUUCAAAAAGGAAUGCGCCCACAGAGGUGUGUAUGAUAUAGACGCUUCCAACCCUACUUCACUAACAACUUUGCAAGCUCCCGAUCCAGAAUGCAGUUUGAAGUGCGGCAAGAACGGCUACUGCAACGAGCACCACAUCUGCAAGUGCAACGUGGGCUAUACGGGCCAAUACUGCGAGACGGCCUUCUGUUUCCCGCAGUGCCUCAACGGCGGCAACUGCACGGCGCCGUCCAUCUGCACCUGUCCGGAGGGCUACCAGGGCACCCAGUGCGAAGGUGGUAUUUGCAAGGAUAAGUGCUUGAAUGGCGGCAAGUGCAUACAGAAGGACAAGUGCCAGUGCUCCAAGGGAUACUACGGCCUGCGCUGCGAGUACUCCAAGUGCGUGAUCCCCUGCAAGAACGAGGGCCGGUGCAUCGGGAACAACAUGUGCCGGUGUCCCAACGGAUUACGCGGUGAUCACUGCGAGAUCGGGCGCAAACAGCGCUCCAUCUGCAAGUGCCGCAAUGGCACCUGCACCUCCCACAAGCACUGCAAGUGCCAUCCGGGAUUCUACGGGCGCCACUGCAACGGUCGCAAGCGGCGACAUGCCCACCGAAGCGACGACUCCAAGUUCUAGGGAUACCGGCGCACCAGAUCCAUUGUAAUAUUCAUUUAACUUGACACUUUUCUACUAAAAAGCACAACACAACAGCGACAAAAGGAUGAUACGAACAUAAUUCUAAUUGUGAUAAAAUUUUUUUGUAAUUUAACAUAACAUUUUUAAAUAAAAACGA